CUUUUUUUUUAAUUCUUUUCUUUAUCCGCUUCUUUCUCUUUCACUCCCUCCUUUUUUUUUUUUUUUGGUUACUUUUUUUUUUAUUUUUUUCUUCCAACUCAUUUAAAAAAAGUAAUUCAAAUAACAUGUCUGGAUCUGUUCAUGAACAACAUGACCAGCUUGCCACUGCUGAAGAAAAAUUGCGAAGUUUAGAAAAACUUGAAGAUACCAAAACUGCUGGUCAUUGGAAUUGGUUUACUAUUAGAACUAUCUUGACUUCUGGUGCUGGUUUCUUUACUGAUUCUUAUGAUGUUUUCAUCAUUAACUUGGUUACCCCUAUGCUUGGUUAUGUCUAUUACGCUCAGAAUGGAAACAAGAUUCCCGCUGAUAUUGAAGGUGUCAUCAAAGGUAUGGCUUCCGUUGGUACUUUUAUUGGUCAAUUAUUAUUUGGUUUCAUGGGUGAUAUCUUUGGUCGUAAGAUUUAUGGUUUUGAAUUGUUGAUCAUCAUCAUUGGUACUAUCAAUUGUGCUACAAGUGCUAGUGCUGUUCGUGGUGUUAGUGCUAUUGGUUUCCUUGGUUUAUGGCGUUUGAUUCUUGGUAUUGGUAUUGGUGGUGAUUAUCCUAUGUCCGCUACUAUUACUUCUGAAUGGUCUUCUGCUGGAAAACGGGGGAUGAUGAUGGCUCUCAUCUUCUCUAUGCAAGGUAUUGGUAACUUGGCUGCUGCUAUUGUCACUUUGAUUUUACUUGCUAUUUUCAAGAAUGCCAUCAUGGAUGAUGUGAUGGCUUUGGAUUAUGUAUGGCGUUUAUGUAUUGGUCUUGGUGCUGUCCCUGCUGUUGGUACUGUUUAUUUACGUUUCACUAUGCCUGAAUCUCCUCGUUAUGCUCUUAAUGUGGAAAGAGAUGUGGAAGCUGCUGCUGCCGCCAAGGGUCAAGAAGUAUCCACUGAAUUAGCACAACAAUAUACCAAGGUGGAAGGAAAACGUGAUCAUUGGGCUGAAUUCCGUGCUUAUUUUGGACAAUGGAAGCAUCUUCGUGUUUUGCUUGGUACUGCUCUUUCCUGGUUUUUACUUGAUGUUGCAUUCUAUGGUCUCGGUCUCAACAACACUUACGUUCUCGGUGCUAUUGGUUAUGCCAGCAAGAGUACUCCCUUCGAUACUUUGUGGGCAAACACUGUGGGUCAAAUCAUCAUCACUUGUCUUGGUUCCGUCCCUGGUUACUACCUCACUGUGAUCUUCGUUGAACGUAUGGGUCGUCGUAAGAUUCAAAUCAUGGGCUUCACAAUGACUACUAUUCUCUUCACCAUCCUUGCCGCUGCCUACUACCAAUUACGUGAUCGUGCCAUGCCUGCCUUCAUUACCAUCUUUACCUUGGCUCAAUUAUUCAUGAACUUUGGUGCCAAUGCUACUACCUUUAUUAUUCCUGGUGAAGUCUUCCCUUGCAAGGUUCGUGCCUCUGCUCAUGGUAUCAGUGCUGCAUCUGGUAAGGCUGGUGCCAUUCUCGCUGCUUUUGCUUUCAAUAAAUUGGUCGAAACAAAUGAUACUUAUCCUGGUGAACACGCUUUCUUGCCUGAAACCUUGGGUAUCUUUGCCGCUAUCAUGUUCUUGGGUCUUAUCGUGACUGUACUCUGGGUACCUGAAUCUAAAGGAAAGGAUUUGGAUGAAUUUGAAGAAGAUUAUAUCCCUCAACAAGAUCCUCCUGCCAAUCCUGAAACUAUCAGUGUGUCUGAAAGCAUGCAACAACAUAACAUUUACAAAUAGACUAUUUUUAUUAUCAUUAUGCAUUUUAUCGUCUUUAGUGUAUCAUUAUUUUAUUAUUAUUAUUAUUACUAUUAUCCUGAUUGUUAUCUCUUAUUAUCCGUAUUGUAAAUAAAAUAUUCUCAUUAUUAUCCAUCAAAUGAA